AUGUCUCAGCAGUCUUCAGCCCGUCAGGCCUGGACGCCAGCACCUCCUCUCGAUCCCUCCGUUGUCGAGCGGUACAAAGAUGCUCUGAUGCUCCCGAAGAGAGCUCUCGUCCACAUCAACAACAUAAACGUCGCAGACACUGGAGACACGACGGCUGGACGAGUUCACCUCCGCGACGAGCUCGACCUCAGGGAAUUGGCAUUCUCCGGCAUGGCGCCUCCCCCGCGGAAGAAGAUACGCCUCUCCUCGAUCGGCCGGUGGGUGGGCGCCGGUGAAUUCGACCCCGACGAACCUGGGCCUUCUCUGGAGGACGCCCCCUCGCUCUAUUCAUCGUCGUCUUCAUCGUCGUCUUCCUCCUCACCUCCUGCCCGUUCUACGAGGCUUCACACCCCGACUCACUCCUGGUGGCUCGAUACUCCCCCCGUCAGCUCUGCCGCUGGAGCUGCCGCCGGACAGCACCUGAACCUGAACCAAUCCCACACUCGACAUGAGAGCGAUGAAGACGCCAUUGUCUCUCAGCGAGACCUUCAACUGUUAAGCCAGGUCCAGCAUGCUCGGAACCAAGAGGUCCGCGAAUCACUCUCCGGCCUACCACAAGACACCCUCGCCGACGGUUCAGCGACUAGAUCGCGCCAGGCCCGGACUGCUACCUCCUCUUCCUCCUUCAUUAUCUACGAAGACCCAGAGAGCAUGGAUGUCGACGGAGACAACAAUAGUCAUAAUCAAGAGAUCUCUCCCUCGGGCUCUGCGGAGUCGUCGUGGGCAUCCAGUCUAAGUGAUGAAAAGGAGAAUUUCGACGAGGAGUUUGAAUUGCUCAGCACCGAUGACGAGUCCAACGUUAUCUCCGAUGCAGCUCAGCCCGCUGAGACAGGUAUUCAGCAGAGUGUCCCUGACGCAGCUGCUCGGCAGACUCCUACAGCUGGCACCAUUCCCCGUUCUCAUUUCGAGAACAACCUCCCUGCGCUUGAACAGGAAGCAAUGCAAAUCGACACCGUCGCUACCACCAGAUCCAGUUCCUCCUCCUCUUCUUCUUCUAAUACCUCGCGUGCAAGACUGUUUCCUUCCUUCAACGCCGACCCACGCCGUUUCCAGUACCGCUCUACAACCACAUUUCCUCCCCCUGUCGAGCCUCCUGCCGAGACUCGUCUUGUCCAGACUGCUUCAUCUGUCGAGACUGCAAGGCUUCGUCGGCGGAGAAGACCUAGAGCUUUUAACGUGAGCUCGGAGUUCUAG